AUGCAAAUCAAGUCUCUCGUCGCUGGCUCUGCCUUGGCCGCCGUUGCCGCUGCUUACGCUAACACCACUGUUGUCGUUGACAACCAGUCCACCACCGUUGUGACCAUCACCUCUUGUUCCGACAAUGCUUGUGCCACCACCACCUCUGCCGCUUUGGUGUCUACCUUGACCACCACCGAGAACGGUGUCGUCACUGAGUACACCACCUACUGCCCAUUGACCGCCACUUCUUCGGGCGUUGAGGCUGUUGCCACCUCCUCGAGUGCUGAGGGAACCACCUACGAAGAUGUCACCCUUUCUGGAUCCGAUGUGACUGUUUCCGGUGACAGCACCUCCACCGAGUACGCUUACAUCACCGAGACCCUCACCUUGACCACCGGUACCGGUUCCGAGGCUGGUGUUGAGACCAUCACCACUACCUACUGCCCAGCCACCGUGACUUCCUCUACCUCGUCUGGCUCCAACUACACCAGCCCAACCGUUUCUGCUUACGAGGGUGCUGCUAACAGCUUGAAGGCUGGUGCCGCCGUUGUCGGUCUCGGUUCUUUGGCUUUCUUGCUCUUCUAA